AGCCCACGUUUGAUCUCAGAGCAUUCUCCGAAGUGCUCAGCUGCUCCUGGCUUCUAAGACGCUUGAGGCGACGGAUGAACGACGGCGGAUACAGUGGCGCCCCAUCCUCGCUGGAUGCGCUCUUUAAAGGCAAAGCCAAGAAGAAGGUGAAGCCCGUGAACUUCAAUGCGCCGCCCUGGAAGACGCCGGUCGUGACCAAGGGACCCGCCAUGGCCCUGAGGCCUGCCGGGGGAAGCGCUUUCACAGCCCCAACCUCCAGCACUGAGGGUUGGGCGCGCGAAUUGAAGAAGGACCAAGACCUCCUCAAAAGCUGCGGCUUGAGGGUCAAGGAGGUGGAAGGAGAUGGUGCUUGCCUUUUUAGAGCGUUCGCGGACCAGCUGACCGCCGAUGAGCCAGAUGCCCAUGCUCGCAUGAGGGAGGAGUGUGUCGACUUCAUGGUCCAACACAGAGGAGAUUUCGAACCCUUCAUCGACGAUGAGUUCGAAUCAUACUGUAGCCGCAUGCGCCAGCGAUGUACUUGGGGCGGGCACGUCGAGGUGCAGGCGCUUGCCCGGCGGAACGGCGUCAACGCGAUCAUCUACCAGCCCUCGCAAGCAUCUGGACGACCAGACCAGAUCCUUAGAUCAGCAGUCGAAAUCCAGGCCACUGAUGAGCAUGCUGGAUGUGUGCAGCUGUCGUUUCAUCCGACCCACCACGCAGGGCAGCACUACAACUCCGUGAGGUGCUGCACUGAUGAUGGCGUGGGACCAGCUGAACUAGUUAGCUUUGGAGAGAUCAAGAGAAGAAUAGAGGACAAGUUGAGGCCCAAGGAUGGAGCUGAGGAGAUUGAUGUGCCAAGGGAGGACCGCUGAAGCAUGCUGAAGCUAUCUCACCAAACUCCAGAGAGAUGAUCUCAAUUCGCCACCCCCUUUUCGCCCUUCUCUUUGGGGCCCCUCCUGGGCGUUCUGCCCCUGCAGAC